AUGAACAUUAUCGAUAUGGACAGCGACGACGAAUUAUCUUUACCAGCGGACACCCUUGCUGCUCUUGCAGAGUUCCGUCAAGAAGAAUCCGCCAGACUCGAGAAGUUCCGCCAAUUGGAAUCAUCGGCAGAAGAACAGUUCCAAGAAACCCAACAAAAGGACAUUGAAUUAUUCAAAGAAGACUGGCAACUUUCCCAGUUCUGGUAUAAUCAACAUACUGCAACUUUACUUGCCCAAGAACUUCUCGAUGGUGCUGACCAGGACACGAUGAUCGCCAUCAUUUCUGCCCCCUCGGUGUACGCAGCGAUGACCAAACUUCCAUCAUCAAGUUUCCAUAACGGGGUGACAUUAAAGGAUAACGUGUGGUUAUUUGAAUACGACUCCCGGUUUUCGGUGCUUGCUGGGGACAAGUUUGUGCUCUAUGAUUUCAACCACCCGUUGAAAAACUUGCCAUCAGUGCUCCUUAAGAAAACACAUCGAGUAUUGAUUGAUCCGCCAUUUCUUUCGGAAGAUUGUCAAACUAAGGCUGCCAUCACCGUCAGAGCGUUGCUAGUCGAAGAUAAAUCACAAAAAACUGAGGAUGGCACUUUAAGAUACAGGGUGCUGAGUUGUACUGGAGAAAGGAUGGCGACGUUGAUUGAAAAGGUCUACCCAGGGGUAAAGAUGACCACAUUUUAUCCAGAACAUGAAAGAGGAUUGAGUAAUGAGUUUAGAUGUUAUGCUAGUUACGAAGGAAGCAGCUGGAAGUUUCAAUGA